AUUUUUUCCUCUCAAAUUCCUUUUCUGCUUACAAUUUGUAAACGAAACUUUCAAAUACAUUCCUAAUUGGUUUCGGAUUCAUAUAAUUCAGCAGUGUUAGAAUUUGGAUGUAUAAAUAUUUGUUUGUUUUUGGUAUUUAAUUUCAUUAUGAUGAUCUUUUCCCUCCUUCGUUUUGCUCCUUCUUCGCCUGUGAAUCUGAUUAAACUUACGAAUCUUCGUGUUUUUGGUCCUGGUUUGAAUCCUUUUGCUCCUUACAACUUAGCUAAUCAUUCCUCUCGCUAAGCCCUCCUAAUAUUUUGCCUAUUUUGUUUUCUGGGUUCUUUUUUUUCCAAUCAAUUAUGUAAAUUGAAGUGAAGAGUUUUCGAAAUUAUCGCCUUUUUGGGGUGUUAGUAGCUAAGGAUUUCUGGGUUGUGUUCGAAAUUGGGAAAUAGUAACAAUCUCAUUGGAAGGAUUAUCGGGAAUUAGAGGUUUCUGGGUUCUUUUUUUUCAAUCAAUUAUGUAAAUUGAAGUAAAGGGUUUUCGAAAUUAUCGCCUUUUUUUUGGGUCGUAGUUGCUAGAUAAUUUCUGGGUUGUUUUCGAAAUUGGGAAAUAGUAACAAUCUGAUUGGAAAGAUUGUUGAGAAUUAGAAGAGACUUGAUUUUAGUAUUGAGAUUCACUCUAAGUGUUCUGUUUUUAGUACUUGUUGAUUGUGAGGGACUAUUGGUGAUGUAAAAGAGCCUUAAUUUUUAGUAUUGGCAUUCACUUGUAGAGUUUAGUGUUAAAACUUAUUGAUUGUGAGGGAAUAUUUGUGUUUUCUGUUGCGGUUAGAGGUUAGUAUUUCUGGAAUUUGAAAAGAAAAAUGCAAGAAGAGCGAUUGAAUAUAAGUAGGCGAUCGAGAAGAAUGCAGAUUAUUGCAGGUGGUGAUAUGGAUGACCGAGGUUGGACUCUGCUUCAUAUUGUUGCUAGGAAAGGUGACCUGAAAGAGGUCAAGAGACUUCUUAAUGAAGGCAUGGAUGCUAAUGUGACUGCUGGAGGGCCUAAGUCAGUUGGUGUGACUCCACUUCAUCUUGCUGCUAAGGGUGGUCACCUCCGAGUUAUGGAUGAAUUGCUUGAGAGAGGUGCUGAUAUUGAUGCACGAACCAAAGGUGCCUGUGGAUGGACUCCACUCCAUCAUGCAGCUAAAGAAAGAAAGAGGAAAGCAAUCAGAUUCUUGAUCAGAAAUGGUGCAUUUUUGCCGGAUGACAUACAUGAUACCAGGUUCAAUCCUCCACUCCACUAUUGUCCUGGUCUCGAAUGGGCUUACGAGGAGAAGAGGCUGCUGCAACUAGAAAGUUCGUCAUCUGGUGAGGCCUCUUACAGAUCAGGAAACUGAGGUGCAGCAAGACUUGUCUCUGCAUGUUUCACAAGGAAGAAACGUUGACAAGCAUUGCCAGCUCCAUCAUAUCAACUUUCAUAUAUGGUUUCUGUCUUUGUAGAUUGCGUAAUUUAGUAUUACUAAGUAGACUACAAUGUGAUGUGUGAUAUUCACUUGAGUAGCUAUGGUGGGUAGUUAAGGAACAACAAAAUGCCUGUCUGCUGUCUGGAUGUCUCUGAAUCUUCUUUACAAAGUAAAUUUUGAGCUUUGUUAAACCUUUGUAACACAUUGUUAUUACUACAUGGACAGUAUAGUGUUACAAAACAAUUUCUUACCUUUCAUUAA